AUGUCCGGCCGCGAGAAAGAGAAGGGUGUUAACGUUCAAGUCCUGCUUCGUUGCAGGCCGUUUAGCGAGGAUGAGCUGAGGAGCAAUGCGCCGCAGGUGGUGACUUGCAAUGAUUACCAGAGAGAAGUGGCGGUUUCACAGAAUAUCGCCGGGAAGCAUAUAGACCGAGUUUUCACAUUCGACAAGGUCUUCGGUCCUUCAGCUAAGCAAAGGGACCUCUAUGACCAGGCAGUAGUACCUAUUGUAAACGAAGUUUUGGAAGGUUUUAACUGUACCAUUUUUGCAUAUGGUCAAACUGGUACAGGUAAGACGUACACCAUGGAGGGAGAAUGCAGGAGGGCAAAGAGUGGGCUUAAUGGAGAACUGCCCCAAGAAGCAGGAGUUAUUCCUAGAGCCGUCAAGCAAAUUUUUGAUACACUUGAAGGCCAGAAUGCCGAAUACAGUGUGAAAGUUACUUUCUUGGAGCUUUACAACGAGGAAAUCACUGAUUUGCUUGCCCCAGAAGAAAUUUCUAAGGUAGCUUUGGAGGAGAAGCAAAAGAAGCCGUUACCACUUAUGGAGGAUGGGAAAGGUGGAGUUCUUGUUAGAGGUCUGGAAGAAGAAAUAGUGACAAGUGCAAGCGAGAUUUUCACUCUUCUGGAAAGAGGUUCUUCAAAACGCCGAACUGCCGAGACCUUACUAAACAAACAAUCCAGUCGUUCGCAUUCUCUCUUUUCCAUUACAAUCCACAUCAAAGAACCGUCUCCUGAGGGCGAGGAACUAAUCAAAUGUGGGAAACUGAAUUUGGUGGAUCUAGCUGGUUCAGAAAAUAUUUCCCGGUCUGGUGCCAGAGAGGGCCGAGCCAGAGAAGCUGGUGAAAUUAACAAAAGUUUGCUUACACUGGGCCGAGUCAUUAAUGCUCUCGUGGAGCAUCUUGGACAUAUUCCAUACAGGGACAGCAAGCUCACUAGAUUGCUUCGUGAUUCACUUGGGGGAAGAACAAAAACCUGCAUUAUAGCCACUGUUUCCCCUGCUGUUCACUGCUUGGAAGAGACAUUGAGUACACUGGAUUAUGCACACCGAGCCAAGCAUAUCAAGAAUAAACCAGAGGUGAACCAGAAAAUGAUGAAAUCAACCCUUAUCAAGGAUCUUUAUGGUGAAAUUGAUAGACUGAAGGCAGAGGUUUAUGCUGCUCGUGAAAAGAAUGGUGUCUACAUCCCUAAGGAACGAUACUAUCAAGAGGAGUCGGAAAGGAAGGCUAUGGCUGAUCAGAUAGAACAAAUGGGGAUCACUAUAGAAACUCAUCAGAAGCAACUUGAGGAAUUGCAAGAGAAGUAUGAUGUACAAGUUCGGCAGUGUUCUGAUCUAAGUACCAAACUUACUCACACAGAGAAAAACUUGUUGGAAACAAGCAGAUUGCUAGCUUAUACCGAAGAAGAACUGAAAAAGUGUCGUUAUGCACUGAACGAAAGGGAUUUCGUCAUUUCUGAACAGAGAAAAGCUGAAAAUGCUUUGACUCAGCAAGCUUGUGCUUUGCAGUCCGACUUAGAGAAAGCUCUAAAAGACAAUACUUCGUUGUUUGAAAAGAUAGGUAGGGAAGACAAACUGCAUUCUGAUAAUAGAUCAGUAGUCAACAGUUUCCAUUCAGAGCUCUGUCAGCAGAUUGGUUGUCUUCGUAGCAUAGUUGCAAACUCAAUUUCUCAGCAGGACGAGCAUCUGCAGUGUGUUGGCAAACUCUGUAAUUCUUUUAGGGAGACCCAUGACAAGGUGGUUAAGGAAAUGAAGAAGAAAUUGACAAACACGAGGACAGUAUACAUGUCCCACAUUGAAGCAUUGCAAAAUGUGGUUCGUCUGCACAAGUCGAAUUCUGUUGCUGGCCUUGAUGAGAUCUCAACUUUGGCUUCCUCCAAUGCGCAGUCUAUUGAAGAUUAUCUAGCUUCAGAGGGUGUCCAAGCGGCUUCUGUAUUUGAUGAUCUCCAGAACGCUCUCUCAGCUCACCAGGGUGAAAUGGCCAUUUUCGCAAGGGAGCUACGUCAGAGAUUCAAUUCAAGUAGCGAGCAAACAAAGCAGAUUUCAGAUUACACAGAUGGAUUCCUUAGCAAACUAAUGGACCAAUCCAAAACUAUCCAAAAUCAUGUGACGGGAGUUGACAAUAUCCAAAUGAAGAGCAUUGCUGAUUUUCAGAAAGCUUAUGAGGAACAAUCCAAAUCUGAUGCAGAGAAGUUUCUUGUCGAUAUCAGCAAUCUUUUUUCUAAUCACAUUCUCCGACAAAAAGAGCUGGUGAAUACAAGGCUUGAUGGUCUCAGAGAAGCAGCUGUUGAAAACCGGUCAUUUAUGGAUGGCCAAGUUUCUUCAUUGAAGAAUAUUACCACGGAAGCGAAACGAAAGUGGCAGGAGUUCUGCGUCCAAGCUGAAAGUGACGCCAAGGGUGGUGCAGAUUAUUCUGCUGCAAAACAUUGUCGCAUGGAGAUACUCCUGCAGCAAAGUGUGACCAAUGCCGAAUCAGCUUUCCAGCACUGCAAAAAGACUCGUGACUCUGUGAACGAAAUGUGCACCAAGCACGUCUCGUCUUUGUCUUCCCUCGUCAGAGAUGCAACUGAUGACAUCGAGCAGCACGAUGCUGAUAUUGAUUCAGCAAGGACAGCAGCCGAGCAAGAUGUAGCAACGAAUAACCAAGAAAUUCUUCAGCACAUUGAUGGUAUGUCAGCCCAAGAACGGGAAUCAGUUUCAGGCAUAUUGGGCACCGUCGAAGCACACACGAAAACGCUGGAGACAUUCCGGGAGGAUCACUCCGGCCAAGCGGCAGUUAUGGAGAAAAAAUCACAAGAAACCUUCCAGCAGCACUUUAUGGAUUAUGAUCCAACGGGGACGACUCCGAUGAGGACAGAGCCCGAUGUUCCAAGCAAGGGGACAAUCGAAUCCCUAAGAGCAAUGCCGAUGGAAGCAUUAGUGGAGGAAUUCCGGGAGAACAACUCUUACGACUCGUUUGAGGUGAAGGAACCCAAAACAUCUCUCGUCCCACGCUCGCCGCUCGCCGAGAUCAAUUAG